GUAGUGUCCGUCCCCGGUGUAGCCACCGAGUACCGACCGCACUAACCUAACUACCGGCGAGCGGUACCGGUACCGAGUACCGACUUUUUACCCCGGGAAACAGAAUGGUACUCGCGGCCAGAUGACGAUGAGCAUAGACCAGAAGUUGAUGUACGCUUUCCGGGGGUGGAUCGCGUUCGUCGCUUUCAUGGACCUAGGAGUUGCCUUUCGUUCGUUCAUCGAAAAGCGGUGCUUCUUGGGCGAGUACGCUGAGACCAAGUCGGACCAGUUGAUUGAACAGAGUGACCCCACUCUGCCUAGAGUUCUUGGAAUGUACUCUAUAUUGAAAGCAAUAGCACUCAUCCACUGCACAGUUUUCAUUCAUUACAGACCCAUCAUCAGCAUGGGAGUUUGCUCACUGCUUCUGACCAUAACAAUGUACACAAUGGAAGCUUUAUACUAUCAGUCUGCAACUUUAAACUUUUAUAUAAUAUUUCCAUGUGCAUUAAAUGGUCUUACACUUAUAGGCUUGUUAUUAUUGCCUAGAAGACUGCUUGAAGUUCCCUCUCUAGUUGAAGAUGAAAAUGCUGAACUCCUCAAACAGGCGACAGCCUUCAAAAGAAGAAAGGCACCAAAAAAAGCAAACUGACAUUUGAACAUUUUUUAGCAAUUAUUAUAAUCAUGUAGGCUUUUGCGAUUCCUGCCAUUGUACAUAUAUUUUGUUUUAUAUUUUAGAUAGAUUUAAGGAUUUAAAAAAGGAGUAAACCUGGAAUUAAUUAUCUUUGAAAGCAGUUAAAAUAUAAAACAGUAAACCUAUUCCAAAAGAAAGGUUUUGAAAUUGUGUUGAGUAUUGAAUAGUAAAGUCGAUAAAAUGAGCUUAAAAACAUUAAAACUUAAGUAAUUAAUAACAAGGAUACUAAAUAAAGGAGGUUUCUUAUGAUAAUAAGUUAUCAUAUUUAUACAGAUGUUUUAAAGACAUGUUCUUUCAAGCAUUUAAAACACAAAUAAAUAAAAUUAGAAGUUUGUAAUCACAUUACACGUCAAGUUUUACAAGAUGUAAAAAAGAUCAUUCUGAUGUUACUUGAAAAAUACAGAUGUCCUUAUCAAACAAAAAGAUGACUCAACACAUGACCACAGUGUUUUGAAAGAACUUUGAAUUGAAAUUCGGAAAUUAUGUGACAUCAAAUGUAGAUUAAUUGUAACAUUAACCCUUAGAGUGCCAGGCGAGAAAUAAAAGUAACGCUCAAAAAAUGCCGAUGAUUUUUCCCGAAGGUCGCGCUAAAAAUGCCGAGCGCGAUCUGGCGAUUUUUAGGUUAAAAUUUCGUAAAAAUCGAAUUUUCGAUAUUUCGACCAACGAAAAUCGAUGUAUCGCAUCUAGCAACUUUCGACUCAAUGUUAAUAUAUGGGUUUAAAGAAUCCUAGUAUUUAUUCGGUUGUUAUGACAGCUGUUCGAUCAUUACGAAACGUCCGGUCAGCCGGACGUUGGCACUUUUGGCUCGUUCUAAAAACGUCCGGUCGGCCGGACGUUGGCACUUUUGGCUCGUUUUAAAAACGUCCGGUUCCCCGGACGUUGGCACUCAAAGGGUUAAUCUUUCUCUAGAAACAUUUUGAUUUAUUCAUUACUUAUGUAUUUCCAGUUACUAAACCUUAUCCUGAGGUUUACAAUAACUAUCUUGACUGAGAACAUUUGACCAAACUGUAUGAGCUAUGCUUUCACCCCUCAAAUGUAAUUAUUAUGUGCGGGACCUUUUGAAGUCAAUUUUACUGAAUUUUAAGAGAAAAUUAAGAAAAGUUGUCUUGUUUUGACAUCUGUUUUAAUCUUAGGCAUAAAACUUAAAAAUAUUAGUUAACCCAGAAGCCACGGGUAAUUAUAGAACAGUUUUAUGAUUAUUCAAAUAAUAUUUAUAUGCUUACAAAAUAUUAACGUUUUCCUACAUAAAAAAUUACAUUUACUACUUUUCAAGCUACUUUUAUGAUGUAUCCAUUUGUUACUGAAGUAAGUGAAUAUAGCAUUGUCAAUAUUUCUGCCUCUGCUCAACAAAAGAACCUUUAGCUACCUGACAGGAAGGGAUGAACAAAGCAAUAGUUUUAUGAUUACUUAGAACAUACAGAUUAAUUAGUUUUCCUCAAAAACGAGUUAAUGCAAUUGUUGUAAUAAAUCACCACUUGUAUGUGGUGUAUUCAGCAAGGUGUGGCUAAUUAGUAGUAAGAGUAAAUAAUAAGGUAUUAUUAUUAUUGAUAUUAAUAUCAUUAUUAGUAAAUUUAUUGCCCUGUUUCACCCUUCCAAGUUGGCUUGUCUCAUCUUCAGGUUCGAGAAUUAUUAAAGAUUCCGAUUGCCUAUUAAGCUUGCUAAGGAACAGCCUUCAAAAUGAGUUUAACGUCUUUCCAAGUAUGCAAUAAUUUAUUAUUGUGAUUAUAAAAUUGAAUUGAGCAUUUUGUGAAUCGAUAAAAUAAAAUAUAAACUG